CGGGAGCGUCGCCGAGCCAAGCGCGGGGCCGCGCCGUCCCGGACGCCCUUUGUUGUCUCGGCCGCCGUCGAGCCCCGGCCGCAGCAGCGCGGGCCCGGCGGGCGGGAUGUCCCAGGAGAGUCUCCUCGGGAUGGACGAGGGAGCGCUGCGGAAGCUGCUUGAGGCCACGCUGGACCUGGCCGAGCGGCGCCGAAUCCGUUCGGCCAUCCGGGAGCUGCAGCGGCAGGAGCUGGAGAGGGACGAGGAGGCACUGGCAUCCAAGCGCUUCCGCCCAGAGCACGGCAGCCACAGACAGGACGACAAGGAGAACUGGCCACAGUCUCGGCACCUGGAGGAGGAACAGCAAGCAGCCCUGGCCGCCUUGUCCCAGCAGCUCGAAACCAUCACCAGCGUGGAGGAGCUGACAAAACUGCUGCGGGCAGCAGGUGAGUAUGAGGAGCGCAAGGUGAUCCGAGCUGCCAUCCGUAAGCUGCGGGCUGAGGAGAUUGAAGCUGCGACCCUGGCUGGGAAUGUGCAGAGCAGCUGGAGGGCUGGCAACAAGCCCCGCACUGUGCCUGGGGAUGCGAAAAUUAUCCAGAGGGACAAUGCUGAAGCACCAGCCCUUACUGAGAGUGGGGAAAGCCUUGGCAAGGGCAGUGCCAAGCCCCUGGGCACAGCCAGGAGAAGAGAGAGCAGCUGUCAGGACGAUGCAGAACUGCUGGCACUGGCUGAGCUAGAGGAGAGUGGGCACAGGGGGGCUGCUGAGCAGCCCCCUGCCCAGGAGCCCGAAGUUUCGGCGGACCAUGAGCGAGAGGACCUGGUGGAGCAGGAGCAUGUCCCAGGCAGGAUGUUGGAGCUGUGCAGCCGACAGGCGGGAGACCCCCAGAAACCCAGUACCCAGGAAGUGGUCUCAGGGACCCUUGUGCUGCUGGAGCUGCAGCCAACCCCAGAGCCCGAUCCCGAGCCUGAGGAUGGUGUUGGGGAGCUGGAGCAGGGCCAGCCCCAGGGACAACAACAGGCAGCCUGGAAGGCAGGGAGCCUGGACAGGCCAGAGAGAGCUGCAGAGCCCAGCAGGAGGCAAAGCCCCAGAGGAGAGCAGCCGUCCCUGGGCCAGCCUGGUGCUGCCAGCCAGCUCCAUGUUGGGGUGCGCUGCCAGGCACUGGGGCCAGAUGGGAGACACGGGAGGCCACCAGUGGUGCCAGUGUCUACCCAGGAUCUAGUAGGGACCCCAGCUCACCUGAAUACUAACCAGCAGGAGCAGGUGCCCUCCUCCUUGUGCCCAGCUGGUCGCACAGCGCCGCGCUCCGCCGGACUCCCGCCGCCCUCCGCCGCCGGCUCGGUGCGGGAGCGCGCGCAGAGGUUUGGGCCGGCGGGGGCGGGCGGUGCGGGGGGGCGGGCCGGGGCCGGGGCCGCCCAAUGGCAGCGGGGGCCCCGCACGGCCCCGCCGGCGCCCGCUCAAAACGAGCGGGGCAGCGGCGGCGCAGAGCAGCGCCCGACUCCGCGCCCCGCCGGCCGCCGCCUCGACGCCAUGAAGACCUUCUUCACCAUCGAGAUCAAGGAUGGGCGUGUGCAGCCCCUCGCGCCCCGCAUCACGACCACCCCCGGCAGCCAGCGGGCAGAGGUAACCCUGGGGCUGCGGAGCACCCCAAUCCGCAUCACCACCAUCCCCAGCAGCGUCAGCAGUAUCUGCAACAUCAGCAGUGUCAGCAGCAAUGUCACCAAGGACCCUUGCGCCCACUUUGAGGGCACCGAGGAGCCCAGCGGCCCUGUGGCCCAUCCACCCACUUUCUCCAGCACAUGCCAACAAUCAGCCCUGCACCUCUCCCGGACCAACAGCAGUAUGGAGCCGGAGGUGGUGGAGCAGCCCCAGGUUCUGAGGCUGGAGCCAGAGCUGCCCAACGGCACGGAGAAGGUGCAAGUGAGGGAGGUGGAGAGAAGGAGCAAGCUGAAUGUCGAGGAGCUGAGCAGGAUUGAGGAUGAGGAUGUUCUGGAUAAGAUGCUGGAUCAGACAACGGACUUUGAGGAGCGACGACUUAUCCGAAAUGCCAUGCGGGAGCUGCGCCAGCGCAAGCGAGACCAGCGGGAGAAGGAGCGAGACCAGCGGCUGCAGGAGGCUAGGAGCCAGGCUAUGGCAGGAAGGGCUGGCCACACCACCGAGACCACCACCACGCAGAGCACUCAGUCAGCUGACGGCUCAGCGCGCAGCACCGUCACCAAGACUGAGCGUCUCAUCCAGUCUAGUGAUGGCACCAAGACCUCCCGUACCACAACCAUGGAGUCGAGUUAUGUGAAGAGAUCAGACAAUGGCAACAGCACGUUUGUUCAAACCAAAUCAUCCUACAGCUCCUCAUCCAAGAAGACCGGCAGCAUCUUCGACCGUGAGGAUGAGAGUGCCUCCAGGCAGAGCAGCCUGGCUGCACUGGAGCGACGUCAGGCGGAGAAGAAGAAGGAGCUAAUGAAGGCUCAGAGCCUGCCCAAGACCUCAACCUCACAGGCGCGCAAGGCCAUGAUGGAGAAGCUGCAGAAGGAAGGCGGGAGCUCACCAAACCCCGCAGCGUCACAGACCACUGUGCAACGCUCCUCCAGCUUCGGCGUGCCCAACGCCAACAGUAUCAAGCAGAUGUUGCUGGACUGGUGCAGAGCCAAGACCCGGGGCUAUGAGCAUGUGGACAUCCAGAACUUCUCAUCCAGCUGGAGUGACGGCAUGGCCUUUUGUGCCUUGGUCCACAACUUCUUCCCUGAUGCGUUUGACUACAGUAAGCUGACGCCCCAGAACCGCCGCCACAACUUUGAGGUGGCCUUCUCCUCUGCAGAGACGCUGGUGGACUGCGUGCCGCUGGUGGAGGUCGAAGACAUGAUGAUCAUGGGGAAGAAGCCAGACGCCAAGUGCGUCUUCACCUAUGUGCAGUCCCUCUACAACCACCUGCGUCGCCACGAGUUGCGCAUGCGGCAGAAAGAGUGCUAGAGCCUGCCCUGCCCACCCCCCCACUGCCCUUGCUGCCAGGGCUGCCAGUGGGCAGGGGAGCUGCCUGCCCCAGGAGGGUCUGGGGGGGCCACAGGCCUGGCACUAGGGACAGGGGGAACUCUGCCAACCAGGCACCCCCAUGCCUCUGCCUUGCCAGAGCUGCCUCUGCCCCAGCCAGCUGCGGGCUGACCCCAUGGGCAGGGCCAUGCAGGCGCUGCUGGGGAUGCUCCUGGCUUGGCUUGCCCCCUGCGCUGCAGCCUGUUAAGUUAUUUGCUUUCCAGGGAUUGUUUACCCUGUGGGCAGCACUUCUGUGUCCCUGGAGUGGCACAGGCGAAGCUGUGCCCCCAGGCCUGGGGCACGGUGUGGGUCAGGGGCUGAGCAGGACCGUGCAGCCCAGCCAGGCAUCCCACAGGCAGCACCUGUCAGUGGUUCCCUUGGCUCCCUGUGAGGAAGCCCCUCUGCCCACCACAGGCCCUGCUUGGUGUCACCUCCCUGGGGACAGCUCCACAGUUGUGCCGACACCCUGCUUCCCACCUUCACGUGCACCUGGGGCACUUCCGCACUAGGGGCUGUAGCACCUGUGGGCUGGGGAGUGGGCAGGGGUAAGAGGUCCCAGGGGAGCUUGAGGCCGAAGGAAGAAGCCAGGAUGACAGCCCCU